AUGGACAUCUCCACCGUCACCACCACCGACGCCGAAACUCCACUGCUCGACGACGUCGUUGAUGGAGUCGUCGACUGCAACGGUCGCCCGGUCAACAGAUCCAACUCCGGUGGAUGGAGAUCCGCAUCUUUCAUCAUAGCUGUUGAAAUUGCUGAGAGAUUUGCGUAUUAUGGGAUAAGUUCCAACCUCAUUAGCUAUCUUACUGGGCCGUUGGGUCAGUCAACAGCCACCGCUGCCGAGAAUGUCAACGCCUGGUCUGGAACGGCGUCUCUUCUGCCUCUUUUGGGUGCUUUUGUUGCUGAUUCAUUUCUGGGUCGAUACCGCACCAUAAUCAUCGCCUCUGUGCUCUAUAUCUUGGUUGGUUGCUUUCUCACUGCUUAG